AUGGGAUUUAGUAGAAAACAACCAGUCGCUGUCACACCAGCAGCCACUUCUGCUAGUAUUACCAUCAUGGGUAACACCACUAAUCCCUCCGCCAUCACCGCUGCUUCACCCGCUCAUCAACAAUCCUCUAUAUCCCUCCUGAAACGUAAACCAGUUAAGAGAUUGGUCAGUUCAAGCGCCAGUAACCACUCUAUCACAUCAACCUCAACUGGGUCAAGUCAAAUAAGUAAUCCCAAUGACAGUAAUAAGAAGAACAACGAUAGAAGCAGCAGUAGUAGUAGUAGCAGUAGCACGUAUUCGCAGUCAAUUGCCAGAAAAUCAAACCUUAAGAUGACAGGACCCUCUUCGGGCCCAACCCUAAAAGGGGAGAUAGUCUACCCGCAGGUCCAGAAAGGAUAUCCUUUGAUGGACACAACUGGAAUAGGGAUGGGGAUGGGGAUGGUGAUGGUGAUGGGCGCUGAGCUCAAUGAUGAAGCGUUAAAUACACCAAAGACGCCAAAAACUUUUCAACAAUCACAAGAAGAGUUGUUUUCGAAACUGGAAGCAUUAGCAGCGGCUAAGAAUAAGUUGAGCUCGACAGAUCACUCAGUACAAUCAAGAGUAUCAUCGAGCAGCGUCGGUACUAGUCUUCAGCUUCCAAAUCAUGGCAGCAAUAGGUUGCAAAAAUCAGUGAAUAAUAGUACGAAUAACCGAAGCAGGAUGGGUUUAAAUGGGAGCUCUUCAACAUCUUCUUUGAGACAGGACAUUCGUCAUGUACCAACCAAUCCUCCUUUUGGAAGCAGCUCUCCCACGCCUGAGCGGCCUCGCGAGCCCAGACGGCGGAUCAACAGUGCUCAAUUCAAGACACCGACAGUUGCAGAAAUGGGGGAACUCGCACAGAUCGUUGUUGCCAACGCUACACCCCCAAAACCUCAAAACAAACCUCGCAAACGGGCAAGCACGCUCACUUUAACAACUACAACUUUUGCGCCCCCGGGACAAGCGCUACCAAACACAACCACCGUAAUAGCUGGAAGAGGAAUCAAUAAUAAUGAACGUGACUAUCGCCAACUAUACGAAGCGGCAGAUAAGAAUGCCAAAAGCUGGGAAAAGAGGUAUUCUGUUGCCCAGCAACAGCUUAACUAUGAACGAGAAAAAUGGGAGGAAAAAUAUGCUGCUCUGGAGAAGGACUUCCGAGAUCUGGAGAAUAGCAAAGUCGAAGCCAAUACUGAGAAAAUGAAUGUAUUGCUUGAUACAGUUCAACAACUUCAACUUGCAAAUGAGGUCUUUCGGAAACAGCUUAUGGACGCAGGCAUUGAACCUGACCCUAUGCCUGCAGCUAAGUUCCAUCCUCAACUUUUGAUGGUGAGCGAAGACCACGACCGCACAUUCUUGGAAGAGAACGAGUUGAUGAAUGUGCGAUCUUUGGAGACAAAUCAAAAGAUCGAACACCUGUCCAACGAGUUAAACAAUGUUGCUAUCGCCAUCUCUCAGACGAUAAACUACGUGCAGUUGCGGUACUUGACUCAAAUGCUAGAUGUAGUUGAGCAUGUCACUUCCCAGAAACGCGCCCGUGCCAUGUCUAACAGUUUCCUUUCGGACAUGUUGAGCCGAGGUGUGAAGAAGCCGAGCCCUUUGCAGUUAAAAAGCACUUGCUCCAUCGCAACCCAAACGCCGCCUUCCUUUCAACAGCAGCUUAUUCAGCAGCAACUGUUAGCGGCUGCGGAAUGUGGCUCUGCUUCUUUUAGAUCAAUGGAGAGUAAGCUCAGUAAAAGUUAUAGUUUCUCAUCCAAUCUCUUUAGCCUUGUAGGCUUGGCCAACAGUGGUGCUCUCGACGGCGGCCAGUAUAGGCUUAAGGGCGGUGCUAUAGGCGACCACCGGUCGCAAUUGAUCCGUCAGAGCAUCUCCCCUAUGGUCCUUGAGAGCCUCAGGGGUGAUCCUGGGUCUCCAGACUUAAUUGAUACCCUUACAGCCAACAGAGCCGCCGUACCAAUGCCAAAAUUCCAGUAUGCAUCUCCAACAUCAUCUCAAUUACGUAUCUUUGUUCCAGAACCGAGUAAAGUACAUGAGUACAGUGCGGCCUCAAGUAUUGGGAGCAUGUCUCGAGCCCGUAGUGGCACAGGGAGCAGUAUUGAAAGCGGGGCCGCAUCUCUGAAGCGAUCUUCCUCUGAUAUCAGUCUGAAUCGGUCGCAGUAUCAACGUCACCGCCAACCGCAACAACAACAAGAACAAAAGAAGCAGCAACAGCAGUACCGUCUCGCUCGGGCUGGCAUUAAGAAUGCAUGUGGUGUCGCACUCCAAACAAUCGAGCCGCACAGAUCUAUAAGUCAACAAUUCUUAUCUCCAAAUACGGCCCUCUUGUCCACGAAUAAUUAA